GUUGACCCCUUUACGAGCACGCUGUUUCAAAAGGAUUCGCUAAUCGUUGGAAUCUUUUCUAUUAAAAUUUUGCUUGAUUCAGCGGUGAUCUGUGCUGUUAUGGCUCAGACAAUGGAUGAUGAAAUUGAAGAUAUGGAGGAAGACAACUUGGACGAAGAAGAUGGUGACGAUGUUGAUGAUGAAGGUGAAGAUGACGACACAGAGACACCGGAAGAGACUAUUAAACCUAAGGGAAGAAGGAAGCCGCGAUCUGUUCUCACAGGACGGGGUGUCACUCUUGGCAUGUUGCUUGAUGAUGGAGUAAUGGAACCUGGAGAAAAAUGCCUUUCUAUCGACUACUUGGGUCAAAAGUUUGUAGCCGAUCUUCAACCUGAUGGUAGAAUCAGAUGGCCAGAGGCUGACCAGGUGUUCAACUCACCCUCAGCUUGGGCAAUCUACUGCAAGAGGCUUGUGAAUCCGUCCAAGAAAUCUGGCUGUGGAUGGGCAUCUGUAAAAUACAAAGGUAAAAAGCUGGAUCAGUUCAAGACAACAUGGUUUAGGAAGCAAAACCCAGGGGUAUCCACCCAUGGAGAUACAUCAACCUCUUCUAAAAUGUCAUCUGUUCAUACCACUCAGUCAGCAGCUUCCUCAUCACAAAAGACACCAUCUGGCAAACUGUCUAGCAGUCAUAAUGAUGGACACAGCUUAUCAUUGACUUCAUCCUUGUCUACGUCAUCAUCAUCAUCAUCAUCAACAAUCUCACCAGCUGGUCCUGCAAAACCCUCCACACAAAAAGAACCAGGAUCAUCGUCAAUCAAGUCUGUGUCAGCUAGUACAAAACCCGUUUAUAAACCACCAUAUACACAGGCGACACCCUCUGGAAGAGGAAGGAAGCCAAACAUUGGGUACAUCCAUCCACCUCCUGUAAAAUCUCCAUCGCUGUUUUCGCCAACUGCAGUUACACCCACGUCUUCAUCAAAGUCAUUGGCAUCAAGUUCUCUUCGAAGUCCUGUGGACAUUCCCAGCCCAUUGUCUUCUCCACCAGGCUCAGGAGGUAGAAAGCGAUCAGCUGUUAGAACUCGGCAGUCGAGCAAGCACACAAUGGUGACUCCUGAAAGUGAUCCACACACUUUGGUUGAACUUGUCAACUUCAGCGCCACUGGAAAAAUGCAGCCAUUCUCUGUGGAUAUUUCAACAAACUGCCUUUUGCUGAUGGAUUAUCAUUGUCAUCUUACAACCAGUGAAGUUGUGGGAUAUUUAGCUGGACAGUUUGACCCACAGACACACCACAUGAAGGUUGUACAAGCUUUCCCUUGUCGCUGUCGUUUUGCUGACAAGGAAAAUGCCCCCAAAGUUGAGGAAGAAGUGAGGAAUGCAAUUGCACAACGGGGACUUGUCCUUGUUGGUUGGUACCAUAGUCAUCCAUCUUAUCAGUGCGAUCCAUCGCUUCAGGACAUUCAGAAUCAGUUGAAUUAUCAGAGCAUCUUACAGCAGGAGAAUGCACCAUAUGGACCUUGUCUGGGUAUCAUAGUGUCUCCCUAUGACACCUACAGAACUACAAAGGAAUCAGUUAUUCGGGCUUUCUGGGUUCAAGCAGCAAUGGAAAGUCAAACUCAUAAACUUGGCAUACCGAUGCUUAUUAAUACCACCCUACACCAAGACCAGUUUCUCACACAAGAUCUUCUAAAUGAACUGAGAUGGAUGUGGAGUUUUUACAAAGGAGGCCCAGAUGCAAUAAACUUCAACAACUUUUGGCAUGGAUCCCAAACCUACCUUGACAAAGUGAAGUCUUCCUUAAUAAAGAAAUUCCCAACAGACCAAACAGAUGGAAGAUUUUUAGAAUUCAUCAACACACUCCUAACUUAGAGAAGUGUCACAAAAUUGUAUUUCAGAGGCUUUUCUCAAGUGUUCUUUCUUUAAUCU